CAAGUUGGUGUGACUGCUAUUCCUUGCAAAGAACGAUUGUAAAACGGUGCCCAACUCUACUCUGUAAGAGGAAAAACCAGAGGCGAACACAUUCACCAUAAACCAUGGCAUCGAUGUCAUUCUACUCCACGUACCUGCUGCUCGUAGCUAGCUUACUACAGGCCCAGCACGCCUCGGCGCUCGGGGAGAGAUUUACCGGAUCACGGGACGUGCUCCCACGCACUGACAUGGUCGGCCUUCUUAAGAUGUCUAUAACGAGCAUCUACGAACGAAAUGCCAAGAUUCUCAACCAAGAACUUAUUAAGAACCUUGCCUUGGUUGAAAGUGCGGUGAGGGGUGACAUGGGGCCAUUGAAGAGAGGUUCAACAACAGCAACGUCACUUGGGGGCGGGGCCUUGUACUUUCUUGCUCGAGAAGUUGCGCAGACCGCGAGUCAGACAGCUGUACAAGCCAACAAGCAGCUCUUUGAGCAAGCUGGAUAGACAAUGCUUCAAUCUUCUGUUUUUAAAUGGUUUUCACUGAGCUUUUGGAAAGGGAAAAUCCACAGUUGCUUUGCUUUUGUGUCUUUUUGGAGUUUAGAUGUUUCCCCGGUCAACUUCAAGCAAUUCACAGUUUCAUUAUGACCUACUCAAUAUUUAGGAAUUUUCCUCAAAUUCAUUGAUGUAAAAUUUAAAAAAUUGCCAAGCAAUGUAAUGGUCACCUGUUUCUGUUGUACAGGUGGUUAAAUAUAACCAUGCAGGUAUGCCUACCGAGCAUAAACGCACUCGUUAAAGCCCCAUGAAUUAAGACUUCGAUUAAUGAAACAAAAACACGUUAUCAUACACUAUCUGUUAUAGGCAAAAGGUCAAUGUGCUUGAAAGGUCAAGUCUUUCUGAUUACAUAAUACCUUUCCAAUAUUAAAGGUGUAGCACUUUUGUAUCCGAUGAUACUGGUUCGUGGUAAUGUUGUAUGAGGGCAAAGGAAAACUAUAGAGAAACGUUGAAUUCAGAUCUUCCAUUUCUCUUAAACCGCUCUUUUUAAUGAUAUAGGUUGUUUGUGUCAUGAGAAAAUAGUGCGGGGUUUUGUGGUUUUUUUUUUAGGUCUGCAGAUAAUAUGCCUACAAUCUUAUUGAAUAUGACUUUAUUUCAGAGUGAAAAACUAAGUUUCAGUGAAAACAAUGGUUGUAUUAUUAACCAGUAAGACUUUAAGUAAACGAUUGUGUUGUUAAUAUUCUUAUCCUGAAAAAUACCUUUAAUAAAGAUUAUCAAACUAUACAUCCUAUAGUGUUAUGCAUGUAUUCACUUCAAUACUUCCUGGCCUACAUCUAGUAUUUCAUUUUCUAUGUCCAACUUCCUUAUUUUAUUAUUAUAUCACACUGGUCCAUGAACGAAAAUCGAUUUUUCAUUAGAUUGGAUCUAAGCACGUUCAAGAGUAAAUCUGUCAAUGCGCGGACGUGCAUCUGUAAUAUCAAACUCAAUCUUCGGAGGUAGAUAUUUCGAAAUUAAUCAAAUUUAUCUUUUUUUACAAGAAACCUUGCACCCAAAAUUUGUUUCCAACACACAUCCAGUUGUGUGUAGGAAGAGAAGAUGAGGUGGAAAAUGAAUGCAAUAGAGGAUGCCAAACUCGUUUUAGUCUCUAUGCA